AUGGCGGACAUCAAGGAUAUCACGCGAGACCUAAAUAAACUGGACUCCCAGCUGGAUGGUCUGGAAGAGGUUAUGAAGCCUCUGCUGAGCGACCUGCAGGAAAUGUCCUCACAACUACCUCUGCUCGACAAAGCCAAGCUCUUCUCUCUCACAGCCUACGCCGUUGAGUCCCUACUUUUCUGUAAGCCAACUUUCCGCGAGCUCGAUUCUUCCAUUAUGAAGAGUGAUUAUCUCAUCUAUACUGACCGCCUACUUACGACAGCCUCAUUGAAACUGCAAGGAGCAGACGCCCAGAACCAUGCCGUCUUCACGGAACUCAAGCGUAUUCAGCAGUACUUUGCAAAGAUCAAGUCCGCCGAACAGCCUGAAGCUCAGAGGAACACGACGGUCAACCAGGAGGCCGCCGCACGCAUGCUCAGGUCGGAUCUGUUACAUCUUCAGGCCGACAAUAAGAGCAUCAGCAGCAAGCUGGCAGAGAAGAUUGCCGAGGAGCGCGCCAAGGCUCUGCUCAAGUCCAUGGAGAACAAUAGCAAGAAGAGGCCGGCUGUCGACUCGCCACAGCCCUCGGGCGGCGAGUCCAACGAGGCUCAACAGAAGAGCAAGAAGCCCAAGAACAAGAAGGGCAGGAAGGGCGGCAAAGCAUGA